CUAAUCUCCAGUCUUCUGGAACUUUGCCUGUGAUCAAAGAGGAUGUGAAGAUAUCUGCUCAGACUCUAGCUAUUUCUUCCCUUGCCUCUCGCAGUAACCCGGGGUAGGAUUGAAUCUGUGCUGAAUUGUAGAUGUGCAACUUAGAGCAUUCCCUGUACCAUACACCACCCAUUCACCCACUCACCCACCCCUGUGUGAAAAUGAUGGUGGUUGGGUUCGAAGUUGUGACAUCUAGACUUGUGCAUCUGCUGUUAUUUUUGCCAAAAUGGAGAGCACCUCCAUUUAUACAAAACUUUAGGCCUCAGAAAUUAUUUUGGUGAGAUGUUAUCCUGGUGCCCCAUAUUGGAUGGAGACUGUGUACACCAAGCAUCAUAAGGAUAAAGGAAGGUGGGUCAUUGCACAGGAGGAAUGACAAAGUGAGGAAGAAGUACAGGAAGGUAGAGAUUAACUGAAGCAGAAGGAGAGGUGGAGAGGAAAAACAGACAAAGGAGAACAGUCAGAUGGGGCGAGAUAGGGAGAUGAGAGAGAGAGAGUUGGACAGAAGGAGAAAGGAAAGGUAGACAUGAGAGAGAAAAAGAGACGGAUGGAGAGGCAGACAGACAAAGAGACUUAAGUUGCAGGGGGACUGGGAGAGAGACCAAAGAGAAGAGAGAGACACACUGAUUAAAGGGCAGAAAAAUUGUGAUUAAAAAGAAAGAUGCUCAGAGAGAGCAAUUGACAGAUGGACAAGGUGAAAAGAUUGGAAGUGGAAAGGUUGUUUUCUCCUUGCACAAUGGGAAGAGAUGCAGAGAGAGAGAGAGAGAGAGAUAGAAAUAGAAACAUAGGGGGGAGACAAGAGUUGGAGCGUAUGUAAGAGAAACAGCAAACAGAAAAAGAAGUGUAAAGAUUUGAAUGGAGAGGGAUGAGUGUGUUGGGUUUGGGGAUAGGGGAAAUUAGGAUGGGGGUUUACUGUCCCUAGCACCCCUCCUUCCCUCUUCAGUUCAAGCUGAGAAGCAGAGACGAGGAAACUGGAGAGUUGGAAUGUCCUGGGGGUCAGAUUGAGCUAAAAAUCAUUGACUGAAAUAUUCAACUUUCUAAUUGAGGAUUUGGAGUCUUUUAUGAUUACCCAAAUCAUUUGGUCAAAUUUACAGUUAUUUCAAGAUGUGCUGGGAAACUCUUAGCUUUUGACACUGUAAUAAUACAUCUUCCCUGGAAUGAAAGGUAAAGUCACCAUAGUACGCUGUCAUUAAAAAACGGUGACUGGUGGUUGUUUAAUCUAGUCACCACACCUCAGGCAGCGGGGUUUGGUUCAGAAGGAGAGUCCUUUGUGUCAGUUGGUGUGAGAAUUGAACCCACACUGUUGGCAUCCCUCUUCAUCACAAUCUAGCCAUCCAGCCAACUGAGUAUAACCAGACACAUUUUUCCAUAAUCUUUUUCCAUGCACUUCCAUAAUCUACCUUCCCUCCCUGUGUCUGCCUGCUCCCUGAAACUUUCUUCGGUCAGACUAUCCCUGCAGAGAUUUGACACCCUCUUUGUCCUUUAAAACAGUCACUGACACACUGUGAUUAGGUAACAGUUGCUUUAUACGUUAGGGCUCCUGCUCACUGAUUAUCUCAGUAAAUCCCUGUUAGACCCAGCAUCCAAAUCCCAUGUCCAAUAAUAUACAGCCUUUCUACGGAAAGUUCCUUUGCAGUAACAGCAUCCAGAAACCUUCAUUGUAAUCGCCUGGUGUCUCUCAGUCCCCUCUGUGUCAAAGUUCUAUCUGUCUACUGACUGGUGUGUCUCAGUCCCCUCUCUGUCAGAGAGAUAUUUUUACACUGACUGGUAUCCUUCAGUCCUCUCUUUCUCUGGGAGAUGUCUGUACAGUGCCUGGUGUGUCUCAGUGCUCCCUCUUACUGAGAAAUAUCUAUACACGACUGGUGACUGUCUGUCCCCUUGCUGUCUCUCUCCAGAGUAUAACAUUGUGCAUGCAAGUCUGGCAUAUCAUUAAGCAACAGGUAUCACACUUCUGGGUCCUGGAUUUGAGGCCUAUUUAGGCCAACACUCCAGAGUCAGCACUGAGGGGCCACUGCACUGUCAGAGGCACCGUUUUUCAGAAUGUAAUGCUGUGUCCAAUCGGGUCUCUUAGUUGAACAUGAGUCCCACAAUUGCUUUAGACAAUCUCCUUGAUAGCCUACUCGUUAUUCAGUUCUGAACAAACUGCACUUUAAAAAAAGCAGAGUAUCUAGUCAUAAGCAUGUUGCUAUUUGUGCAAUCUGCUUGUACUUUAAUCCAACAUUCUCCUAGCUUUAGUGCUUUGCAAACUUCAACUCAUUCAGAACAGUAGCCCUCAUCUUACCAAGUACUUUCGCCCCUGUGCUCGAUAAUCUUCAAUAACUCUUGUCCUGUAAUCAGUUCAGGAAAAAGUUUCGCUUUCCUUUGUUUAACCUACUUAUGAUUCUUUCAAUGUCUUUCCCCUCUCCCUCUUUUUCCCUCCCUGAUUCUCCUCUCCUUCCUUCCCUUUCUUUCUCUCCUUCCAUUUCUCUCCCUAUUUUCUUGCUCCUAACCUCCUUCCUGCUCUCUCUUGUCUUGUUCUCUUUUCUCUCUGUCUUUCUUUCUUCUCUGUCUCCUUCCCUCUAUCACUCUUCCCUCACUCUUUCCAUAUUUUCCCUUUCUGUCCAUUCCCCUCUUAAUACUUUCCUUCCCCACCCCUGUCUGUCUUUCUUUCCUUUGCCCCUUUCCACCCCUCCUCUCUGUCCCACCUUCCCUCACUCUUCUUCCACCCUCCUCCCCCCCUACUUUUUCUCCUUUUCCCAACCAAGUGUCUGCAAGGAUGGGGGACUGGGAAGGGUGCGGGAUCUCGCUUCCUUCCGCAAGCACUUCCGAAUGGGUUUCAUGACCAUGCCAGCCUCCCAGGAGCAUGGGCCACACCCAUGUGCCAGCGGAAUGACCACCCGCUCGCUGUCACUUCACUCAGUGGGUAGUGUGGAGAACGGCGAACACUCCUGCACCAGGAGACCUCCAAGCAAGCCCAGGCGCCAUCCCAGCACCAAACUCAGCCUGUGCCCUGAGGGCAGGAGCAGCAGUGGAGACGAAGGACUUGGAUCAAAGGGCGAGAAAGUGAUACAGAGACCAAGCCUUGAGGCAGUGGAUAGCGGGCGGAGGAUGCCACCACUAAAGCCGAAGCGUAGCCCCAACACCCAGCUCUCCGUGUCCUUCGAUGAACCCUCUGCUGGCAGGGCAGUCUCUCAGCCUGUGACAUCUGCGCCCAGGUACAGUACACCUGCUGAGCCUUCCUGCGGCUCAGAGGAAGAGGUGGAAGAUGAGGAGGAGGGAGAGGAAGAGCCAGUCUACAUUGAAAUGGUCGGAGAUGUUUUCAAAGAGCAGAGUGCAGUUGAUGAAGAUUCAGACCACGGUGAGGCCAUCUACGAAGAAAUGAAGUACCCACUACCUGAGGAGGCCACACGGGAAGCGAAGUGGAGCAAGUUUGUCCUCCCAAAACCCAAUACAACCAGGGCUUUGAGCCAAGGGGGUCCCAAGGACCCUUACCAGGCUGACUCCAGAGGCUCACCCCACGACAUUCCUCCCCCUUUUCCAAACCUUCUCCUGCACCGUCCACCCCUCUUGGCCUUCCCUCAGUCAGCCUCCCAGAAGGCCUGCAAGGCUCCCCUUCCCCUUGCUGUCGCCAGCCAGCCUGGCUCCAAGCUCCCUGUCCUGCAGCAUGGUGACUCAGCCCCCACCCCAGGAGGUGCCCAGUCUGCUGGGCAGCCGACUUCCAGAGUGCAGAAGGAGGACGGGUCACAUCAGGGUGCCAUGGUGCCUUCAGGGAGGGCGAGAAGCCACUCAACACCCCUUCCCCCACAAGCAUCUAGUCAGCACAGGCCAGAUAAGGAGCUGCCCACCUCCCACACCAUGAAGGCUUUGGCCCAGUCAGCAUCAGCAGGCCCUCAGGCCCAUGUUUAUCAGAAGGCUGAGAGGGACAAGCCCCCCUCGCUCAGUGUCAUGUGCUCCUCCAUGAAAGUCACGACCCACUCACUGCUCACCCAGGCCUCUGGUGACCAGAAGAUGGACAAGGAACUCUCAAGUCUACAAAGUGUAUUCUGCUCCAUCAGUAAAGCCGGCACCCCCUCCCGGCCUCUGUCCAGCCUCUAUAAGAUGCCUGUGGCGCAUGGGCUACUGGAGCACCCUAACCUGCCUGGCCCAGGCUCCCUGGUGUGGCCUUACCUCCCGCUGGCUUGCAAACGCCCUCCAGCCUAUGACAGUCUCAAGCCUAGCUCAGCCCAGAAGGUCUGCCCCGCUGUCUACCAUGCGACGGUGAAGACCCAAGGACAGGACAGAGCCCCAGCCUUCACCAGCAUCUGCUGCCCCCGUUCAGUCACCAACUCAGAGGCACGGAGCCCCCCUGGGGAGGCUAGCUCUGGGCACAGUUGGCAACGAAAUCUGCCUUGCAGCAGGAAGGCACAGGACCCAGAAGGAGGUGCCCCUGGCUGGAUUGGAGCCAAUGAAUCCAUUGACCAGGAGGAGAAUGCUUCGGGAAUACCACUGAAAACUCAGGGAGCAGAGGGCUGUACAGUCAAGGGACCCUCGCGAUCGGGGCUGCCCCAACCCUGUCCAAUGACUUGCCAACGAAGUGUAGACUCUGCACUCAGCCAUCGCCUCGGUCGUUCAGCCUCCACCUCAGGUGCGCGUCACCCUCUUGCUCAUCUGCAGCGACAGUGCAGUCAAUCCCGAGACUCCCCGAGCCAGGGUCUUCAGCAACAAGCACUGCGAGAGAAGGAUGGGAAGCUCCUGGAGGUUAUUGAGCAUAAACGAUGCCUGUGCAAGGAGAUCAAAGCGCGACGAAGGCCGGAAAGGAGCCUAUGCAAACAGGACAGUAUGCCUAUCCUCCCGAGUUGGAAGAAAGGCUCGGAUUCUCGGAAAACCGGGACACCUCCAUGCCAACGGCAACACACUGUCCUCUGGGACACAGCGAUUUGACAGUGCCAGUUUCUUCCUUCUGCCCUUACCCCCAACCCAAACCUAGGAGCAAAGGGCAAGCCUGCAACCUUCGAACUCCACAGACUCAAUCAUUGGGCUUGUAGGUCAUCAGGUUUCAUCAUGGGGCCUGAAGUAGCCCUGAUUGUAAAUCAUUUGGGAGACUCCCUGAUAACAAACCAACCCCCAAAAUUCAGUCUUCGCUUCACCAAUUCUCAGCCCCAUGCCCUGCUCCCUCCCUUAAACCCUUCAUUAUUUCUUCUACUCUGAAACAGAAUGAGCCUUCAGAAAACUGCAUAUAUCAGCAAAAAUAAAACCCAGGCUAACAGGCCCAACAAGUGAUCUCUGCAUCAUGUCACACUGAACUAACCAAUCGAUAAUAGAGAAAACAGUGCAAGCAAGUGGUGGAAAGCAUGUCCAUUGAACAGACAGCUUGUUGCCACCCACAGAGGACAAAGAUCAGCCUUCACUGGUGCUUGAUAUUUGACACAUUGAUUUGCUAAUGAGUCAGAAAAUGAGGGCAAGAACCUUGAUUGUUUAUUGAUGUCCGAAGAACUGGAGAGACAUAGAAGAUAGCUAGGCCAGUCCCUCUGUCAGGGACAACACGUCACUGACUCUGGCCCGCCUCAUACAGGGGAAAAAAUGCUCCAAUGAUCUCGCCAACCCUAUCCCCCACCCCAGCUGCCACCCCAUGCCAAUUAAAAAUCCAGAAUGGUCCAAACCCUUAGCCCUGCAUCCCACAUUACCCCAGUGUCUACAGUGACUCGGGCCAGUUACUUAUUGAGCAAGUCUGCUUUGAAAUGGGAGUCUGGCAACUGAAGUGAUAUCAAAUUUGAGGCCUGCAUGAGAACUGGGCAUCAAGUAAUAUAGUGAGAGCAGUGAGUUCAAGGGGGUAAAAUCAGAUGUGGUGCCAAUGGAAAGAGGGCUGGACAAGGGGUGCCAUGACCUAAAGUCAGGGAAUGAGAGAGAUUUAGAGAGAAAAAGAAAGAAGCGGGACUCCCUGCAAUCAAUAACAGCCUCAGCCAGUGUUGUUCAGCACGGUUAUGUGCAUUCAAGAACAUAAUGGAUAUCAUGGGAAACACUGAGGAAUUAACAGCCACUGUGAUAGAGAAUGUUCAGUCCUAAAUUCACCUCCCUCAGAACAAAAAGAUUUUGGAAGGUGGUGAAAUGGAGAAAGUCAACAGUGGCAUUAUCUGCCCUGGGUGUGUUUGGGGACAGUGUAGAGAUGGCUUUAUUUAAAGUUUAAAAGUGUAUGGGAAACUUUAAUCUAUUUAACCCCAUGCUGUACUUGUCCUGGGGGUGUUUGAUGAGAUGGUAUCAAAGAAGCUUUACUUGCCGUUUAAAAGAGUAGAGAAACCUUUACUUUCAUCUAACUAGUCUCAUGCUGUACCUGUCUUGGGAGUGUUUGCUGGGAGUAUUUACAAAUUCUGUGUGGAGGCAUGUGUUCUAGUCCUCAGCCAGCAAGACAGCUUUUGGAGUGAUGGGGACAGUGAGUUGUGAUAUAGUUGGCCUCAGUAAUCAAGGCAAUAAUGAAUAAAAUCAACCUGGGUAUCAUGCUUGUUAUACUAUCCUGUGAACCCUGUCCUCUGGCUCCACUGUUGUGGGUGUGAGCUGCUUUGAAUAGUGCAGGGUUGGCACUGAUCCAGACCCCUUCAUUCCUGAUCCACUGUGGCCAGGACAUCUGGAAAUCUACCACACCUUGGGGCCCAAUCUAUAGGGAUUGGUCAGAACUUCCUCUGUAUAAAUGUCAUGUUAAACCACUUUUUGUUUCUCACUCUAGGCCUUUCACGAGACUAUUUCUAACUGAAUCUGCCAUGUGUCUGUUUUACCAUUAGUAUCUGACUUUUUUUUUCCAGUCUGUGUAUGCACCUGUCAAUGUCUGUCUAUCUCUGUCUUCCUGUGAGUCAAUGUCUGACUGUAUCAGUGUCCAUCUGUAUGUGUUUGUUUGACUCUGUCUGUUUAUGUGCACCUGUGUCUAUCUUUGCCCAUCUCUCUUUGUAUGUGUCUUUUCAGUAUGUCCAAUUAUGUAUCUUUGUACACAUAUGCUUGUCUCCAUUUAAUUGGCAACCAUGUCAGCUCUUGUCAACUGUUCUUAAAAGCCCAUCUGGUUCACUAAAUGCCCUUUAGAGAGGGAAAUCUGCUGUCCUUACCUGGUCUGACCUACAUGUAACUCCACAGCAUUGAGGUUGACUCUUA